AUGGAGGCGCACAACUUGCAGGCUGCGUCGACCUAUGUCAACAAUAUUUUACUAGCCAGGGGUCUCCUGAAGAGCGGGAGCCCCAUUGAUUUCGCGGAGCCCGACAAUGAAGAGGGAGGCACAGAAGCCACCAUGGCGCGGAUCAUCAACCUGGUCAACGAUCUGGUGCUGAGGAGAGAUCGCGAGGCCGACCACCGUGAGAGUCUCGCGACAACCAUUCGGGCGUUGCGCGUAACUGAAUCGGAACAGACGACCGAAAUUGGGAAACUGAAAACCAAAUCAUCUGAACUGUCGCGAUCCCUCGCUCUCGCCGAAGCCCAGCAGCGCACAUUGAAAUCGAACAUGACCGGUGCGGAGACGACCAUUCGCAGUCUCAAAGAACAGUCGCAGCGUAUGAAGACCACUGUCCAGCAAGUUCGCGCGCAAUGCGCCAAUGAUGUGCGCAAACGCGACCUUGAAAUGCAAAAGCUCAAAUCUCACCUUGCGGAACGACAGCGGGGUAAACGCGAGGGGUUGAGCGUUACUACAAUCAACAUCAACCCCCAGGCGGACCGAUCUCGACUGGGUGCAAGUGGUGGCGAGAGAGUCCAUGACCCCCAAUACAAUCUCAAGGAGGAAACAACAGAGUUCUUGACCGAGCUCUGCCAAAACUUGAGCGAUGAGAACGACACACUGAUCGAGCUAGCGCGAAACACGGUAGACACGCUUAAGGAGCUACAAGGGCUACCGGAAAACGAAGAUGGAAAUGAAGAGGAGGCUUCGACCAUGUCUACUAGUGUUGGGCAUGGCAAGUCGACAAGCGCCGUGACUUCUCUUCCUACGUCCUGCGAGGAGCUGUCCCUCCGCAUGCAUACCGUGCUUGACCACCUGCGAACCCUGCUUACCAACCCCUCAUUCGUGCCAUUAGAGGAAGUUGAACUCAGAGAUGACGAAAUCAUCAGACUUCGUGAGGGAUGGGAAAAAAUGGAGACCCGAUGGAGACAGGCUGUCACCAUGAUGGAUGGAUGGCAGCGACGCCUGGCCGAUGGUGGUGGCUCCAUACAAGUGGAAGAGUUGACGCGAGGCAUGAACCUUGAUCUGAGCUUUACCUCGACCGAGGAUGUUAGCAUGCAGAGCAGAGAAGGUGCACACACUAUUUCGCCUAUUCUUGAAGACCGGGAGGAUGAACCGAUGAGCGAAGCUGAAGACUCGACUGUGGCUGAGGCCUCCAAUCCUCCCAAAACUCGAUCCAAGAUCCGCAAAGUGCCUGAAAGGUCGGAACGCGCGCUUAAGGAACGUAGCGAUAAUGCGACGUUGGCUGCCAAGCCCAAACGCCAUCGCAAGGUGUCAUUUACCCCAGGCCUGGCAGGCUCUCCAGCCAUUCCCAGUCCCGAUGCCACCGAGGAGAAUCUUCAGGUCAAGGUCCUCAAAUCCGAAACUGUCACUCGCCGGUCUUCCCGCCGCAAGUCUGAUCCAAAAACCACUGGCACUCGUCAGCAAACAACUGGCACUGAGCCCCGAAUGAAUGUUCGCCAGAAGCUCGCUGCAGCCGAAGAUGAAGCUCGCACUGCCGAGCAAGCGCGCAAAGAGGGCGAGACCCGAAAGCGUAGUCGUCCGGAGAAGACAGCUACUCGUUCUAGCAAUCGCCGACGAAGCACUCUCACCAUUGACGAGUUAGAGGACUUGAUGGGCGUUCCCUCCCGGUAG